AUCUAAUUCAUUGAUGUUUUUCAAGUAAAAUUUUGAAGUCAUUAAAGCUUUGGUCGAUUUUUUGGAUUUGGUUAGCAACCAAAAUUUGAUAAUUUGUUGAAGAAAGAAAAUUUGACAAUAGAAUGCAUUUUUAAUGAAGAUGACAUACUUCAAGAAUUGAAAGGAACAAGUUCUUCUAAAUUUGCUGAUUUGUAUAAGAUUUGUUUAAUUUUAGUUUAAUAUAACAUCCCUAAGAAUAUCAGAAGAUGAUAAAUUAUAUAGUUGAAGAAAUUCCUGAUUAAUGUACAGAAAAAAAUAGAUGUGUCAAGUAUGAAUAUAUUUAAUUAUUUUAAGAUAUCCAUUUUAUGUAAGUGAAAUCUUGGGAUCUGAAAAUGAAAAACUAAUUAAUUUUUUAUUUGAUAAACCAAGUGAAUAGCCAUCAGACGAUGGAAAAAAUCCAAUUGAAGAUGAAGAUACAGAAUAAGUAUAAUCAAUAGAAUAAACUAAUAAUAUUUAAGAGAAUGAGAUUAUUAGAGCAAAUUUAUUAGAGAAUUUAUUAAAAUUGCUAGAAAAUGAUGUUAUUAUAGUCACAACAGCAGGAUAUUUUGCUAAAGUUGUUAAUGCAAUAAUCCAUAAAAGAGGACAUAGUGUAAAAAUUUAUUGAUUAUUAUAAGUUUUGGGAACAUUUAAAGCAUUACUAAGAUAUUAUUUCAAAUUUAUUUAAACAUGCCUAUCUUAAACAUAUUGUAGAUAUUUUUGAAAAAUUAAUACUUUUGGAAGAAAAUUUUGAUUAAUCUAUUGAAUAUAUAAAUGAAAGGUCAAGUUUACUUUAAAGAUUGGUAGUUUUUUUAAAAGGAAAAUAACAUUCUUAAGUGAUAGUUGGAAACAUCUGUGAAUUAUUUGUGGAAUUGUAUAAAAAAUCUAUAAAUUAAUUUGAAAGUUAAAAUUAAGAAAUAAAAAGUAUGUUAGUAUAAUUUACAAUUACAACAACACCACUAUUUUUUAUGAAUAUAGCAUUAGCUACAUAAUAGAGUAUUGUUUAUAAUUUGUUAAAUGUUUAAUUUGAAUUUUUAAAUAAAUUUUACUUAUCUGAUUAAUCUCAUGAUAUUAAAAUUAAUUUAAUCGAGCUUUACAAACCAGUAAUUUAAUUAUUUGAAAAAGCAUUAAGCUAAGUUGAUAGUUUGAAGAUUCCAUUUAUUUCUUCUGAUGGAACUGAAGUAAGUCCAUUAGGAGAUGCAAAAUUACUCAUUAUAUAAUUAAUUAUUUAAUUAAUUAAUAAAUAAGAGUUUUAUCCUUAUUUUACAGCUGAAUUAUUUUCUUAGAUAAUUGAUUUAGUCAAAUUACAUCCUUCUAAUAAUUAAUUACAUAUAUUAUUUGAAAAGUUUGUUAUGGCCAUUUUUGAGACUUUUGAUGAAAAUUUGCAUAGAUUGAUUUUUGAAGAUACUAAUCUAUUGCUAUUUAUUAUAUAAAACAAUGAUGAAAAAGCAAGAUAACAUAAAUUUGGAUAUUAAGGAAUUCUAACAAGAUUGACUAAUUAUUUGGAUAACAAUAAAAAUAAAUCAAAUUCAUUUUAAGUUAGUUUAUAAUUAUGUAUUAAAUUAAUAUAAAUUAUAGUAUCAGCCAUUUCAAUAGAUUGGGAUGAUUAUAUAAAGGGAUUAGCAAAUGUUAAUAAAGUUGAAUAAGAAUGGAUAUUAGGAAUAAAUCCUAAACAGAGAGAAUCCAAAUUUAUAGAAGAAAUAAUAAGUCCAAAUAUUAAAGUAGAAACAUAAGAAUAAAAUCAUGUAAUAUAAGGAAUUAGAAAAUGUGAAAGUUCUGAUAAUAAUGAUGUUGUACAACCUCAAGAUGUUGAUCCUGAAGGAGUGGAAAUAGAAGAAGAUAUUGAAUUGGAUUCUGAAGAAAAAUAAAAUGAAGAUGAAAUUCAUGAGAAAUAAUAAGAAUAACAUUAAGAAUCUGAAUAAUCUAAUGAAAUUGAAGAUUAAUCAAAUAUUGAAAUUAAUUAAGAUGAUUAAGAAAUAAAUAAAUAAGAUAUUGUAAAUUAAGAAUAAUAAUUAAAUGAUUAAACAAUGAAAGAAUAAAUAAAUCAAAUAAAUUCAGAUGAUCUUACUGAUAAUCUUAAUAAUAAAGAAUAAUAAUAAUAGUAAUAAUAAGAAGAAGAAGAAUAAUAAUAAAUUGCUAUUUAAUCAUAGGUCUCAGAAGAACCAUAGAAUUUGGAGUAAACAGAAGAAACUUAAGAAAUUAUCACUGAAAUUGAUGAAGAUAAAGAUGAAGAUGGUGAAAAAGAAGAAAUUUAAGAGGAAAUUGUUUAAUCAUAAGAGUCUUUAAAUGAUCAACUUAUUAAUAAAGAAGAAGAAUAAACUAUAAAUAAGGAGGAAAAAGAACAAUCUAAUAAUUAGGAAGAGGAAUAAUCUUUAAACAAAGAUGAUGAAUAACCUAUAAACAAAGAAGAAGAAUAACCUAUUAAAUAGGAAGAGGAAUAAAUAAAUAAAUAGAUAGAAUAAGAAAUAAAACAUGAAGAGGAACCUAAAUAAAUAGAAUGAUAUAAUAUUAUUUUUAAUAUUAAUGUCAAUGCCAAAACUAG